AUAUCAUAUUGCGCCUUUUGCGUCUCGAAAAAACACAGUCCAAAAAAAUUUCCAUUGGAAGUUGUAGUGCCGUGUCUAGGAUCGAUAACACUCCGGUAGCAGGCCUAAAGAUGCGGAACUGCAGGAUGAGGAGAACGGCCCACGUUCUCCUCGCAUCCUUUUUGUCCACCACCGCUGCUACGUUUUUGAAGAAGGAAAGGCCUGUACGCAUUGCGAAAGUUGUAUAGAAGUAGCAGCUGUCGCAUCACAAAUUUUGUCAAAAAAUAUUUUCUUUAGAAGAUGUUGUAAUGCCGAUUGAGUUGAAGGAAGGAGACUUGUCAUGCGAUAUGGCAUUUACAACUACCACUGCGAUGAUACUUUUGCAAUGCAUAGCCCGUGUCGAAAGUGAUCAAGUUGUUGAAGGACAUGCAGACGCAGCUCGUUUAUGAAUCGCAAAAGUAUCGUACUAGCAGUUAUUGCAUUACAAAUUAGCUCAGCACGACAAGAGUUUGUCAUGCUGAUUUUACUCGAAAAAGAAAACUUUUUCAUGCGUCAUUGCAAUAAUUCCUACGAGUGCGAUACUUAUUUUGCAAUGCAUACACCUACGGAGGGCGAAGAAGACCAAGCCACGUACAAGAAGAUGAACUGCUGGUGCAAAACCACGAAGAAAGACAUAUGGGGUUCUCAAACGUUACAUUCUCAACUGUUACAGGAAUUUGUCACGCAAAAGCACCAUCAUCAUCCAAGCGAUCAAGCUGCUUCGCAUGACAAACUUGCCUAGGGCUCAACAGCGCCUAAAUCUGUGCGGAAUUUGUAAUGCUACAGGUGCAAUCUCCACCCUUUCACUUUUCCCAUUCUUGCAUCACAAAUCCAUGUAGCAGUUGAAAAUGUAACUACAGUUGAGAACGCCAUAAGACACCAAAGCCAGCAUCGAGGCGAACAAAGCCUGCAUCUCACAGUCCACCGCCAACAUCGAGUCCGCUACGGGGCGACAGGCCGAAGCCGGCGCGGAAAUCAAAGCCCUAGAGAAAGCCAUCGAGGGAAAUUCCGCAGCGCUGGAGGAGGCCACGGAGAUGCGGGCGAAGGAACUCGCGUCCUUUUCGGCCGAAGAGAAGGAGAUGAUCCAGGCCAUUGGCGCACUGAAGUCCGCACUCACUGUUUUGAAAAAGCACAACAGCUUUCUGCAGGAAGACUCCGCCACCGGUGUCUUGAUGACAGUGAAAAAAACCCUGUCCAAAUCCGUCAGGUUGCUGCAGCUGAGGCAUAAGUAUGAAGAUGUUGAGCAAAACUAUCGUGCCUCGUAGUACCAAGCAUUGCGUCACAGCAUGACAAGUUUUCAUGAAAACCGCUUUUGAUAUUCCCAUGUGAUUUUGGUAGAUCACCACAAGCGUGUGAAGCAAAAUCAAUGUGGACUACGCUUGCCCGAUAUUUAUAUUUUUGCAUUGCAUAAUUCAAACGAGCUGUCCGAGUCGCAGAACGAGUCGGUACAGGACUUUCUGCAGCAGCCAACUUUCUCGGCGUAUUCCUCCCAGAGCGGUGAAAUUUUUGGAAUUCUCGAGAACAUGCUCGACACCUUCACCGCAGAUUUGAAAGAGUCGCGGGAAAUAUGGAAGGGGAGAGAAUAGUAAACUCGGUGUAGUUGUCCUCGACGUAGGUUGGGGAUUGUUUUUGCAUCGACGAUGACGUGUCCGCUGAUAGCACCCCAUCCAGGCAUGAUGAUGCAAACUGCAAAUGCUGACAUUUUCAUCGUCAAAAAUUUCUGUUGUAGGCGUAUCCAGCUGCGACGCGACCAUAGUCAGGACAACACCACACGGUUUUCAUCUUUCCCCGCCAUACUCAACUGAAGCAGCAGCGCUCGAGAAUUUUGCGGCCCAGAAGAAGAUGAAAGAAGAGAUGAUCGCAAAGGUAAAUAGAUGUGUUUUUACUUCAUCUGCAUUUUUACUGCAGUUUCAGCUACUUGUUUCACCCUGAAGAACUGCAGCUAAUUUACAAUGCUUGUAGUUACACUGCGGCUAUCGAUUUUGAUUCUAGACCAAAAAAUGUGCAUCAAACCCGAAAUCCACAUAUAUAUGACAGGACCAAGCCACGUUGAAGAAGGAGAAGGAAAAGUUGGCCGACGCCAUGAAAAUGCUCGCAGAGAACACGGCGAAGAAGGCAUUGUGCGAGGCGGGCCUCGAGUAUGACAGUGCACAACUCGACGUCCUCCCCCUCAUUUGUCGUGCAAAAUACCCAAUCCAUCGUUUGCCUCUUGGCACUGUUUGCAUGACAAGUUCUGGCAGCCCAAAUAGCGCUCUGCUCCAGUGAAAAUUUGUCAUGCAAAACCGGCAUUCUUGCUGAUGCGUGUAUUGACGUUCAUGCUAAUAUACAAAUGAGGGGGAGGGGGAGUUGUGCAUUGUUAUAUCGAGGCCGACACCACCACGCUGGCCGAGGCAACGGAGACGUGCACCCUUGCGGACGCGGAGUUUGAGGAGCGAACCAAGGCCCGCGCGGAGGAAAUCGCCGCGGUGGGCAAGGCGCUGGAAUUCCUGAACUCGGACGAGGCUCACGCGCUGUUCGGGCGCGCCCUUAUCCUGUGCAAAAGUAUCGUACUCGUAUUGCAGUCAUGCGUUACAAAUCUUUUUCUUGGGGUAAAUCAGCAUUACAAAUUUUAUGUCUCAUGCUGGUGAAAUUUGUAAUGCGUUUAUACUACUAGUAGGAUGCUUUUGCAGUGCAUUGCCCUCGGGUUUCUGCAGCUGCAGGGAGCCGCGUCGUCCUCGGCCCUGGAGGAGCGGGUAUGGCGUUCUCAACUGUUACAUUCUCAACUGUUACAUGAGCUUGUGAUGCAAGAAUUGGAAAAGUACAAGGGGGAAGGUUGCACCUGUAGCAUACAAAUUCCGCACAGAUUUAGGCGCGGUUUAGGCCUUGCCAAAUUUGUCAUGCGGAGCAGCUUGAUCGUGAGGAUGAUGAUGGUGCUUCUGCAUGACAAAUUCCUGUAACAGUUGAGAAUGUAACAAUUGAGAAUCCCACAGCGGGAACAGCGCAUCUCGGAGGCACAGAAGAUCCUCCGCCGGGCCGGGCUAUCAAAUGUAAAAGUGUGUGGGUCUGGAAGAAUGCACCUCGUGAUGCUGCGUUUCGAUGUCUAAAAAAUUUGUGUUGCAUGAGCAGCAAAAGGAAUCUAAUUUUUGCUACGCGGAGAGGGCAUUUGUCAUGCGGAAUGGGCAUCAAGAAUCCCUCAAAAAACCUGUGAUGCUAGGGCAUGCAUUACCGGCAUCAUGGGUCAUGAUAAAUAUGCAUGACAAAUCUUGGAUUUUUCCAGACCCAGACAUUUUUGCAUUUGAUAGGGACAGCGAUACGCCAACAAGGCACUGCUGAUCCUGGCGCAAAAGGUGAAGGCCGACGCGUUUGCACCGGUCAUCUCCGCCAUCGACGCCCUGGUAGCGGAUAUUAAGAAGCAAAUGGCAGACGACGUGAAGCAAAUAUGCGAUGCGAAUUUACUUUCUUCCCGUACACGACGUACAAAAUGCACUUCAAAUUUCGACAACAUACAUGAAGGCAGGCCACUUGUCAUGCCGAAUGGCGGGUAGGUAUAUGGUUCAGAGAGAAACACUUCAUGCAGAAACUGCAUUUGUACAGCGUUGCGCACUGGAAACUUUCUCCUGUGGAUAACAAAAAGAUACCUGCACCACCGAGAUCAACGACCGGACCACGCUGGUCACAAAAUUGCAGACGGAUAUCGACUAUCAAAUUCAAAGACGUCUGGGUCGGGGAAAAUGCGAGAUCUGUGUUUGUCAUGCUGGUCUGGCAUGACUCUGGACUUUGUGUUGCCAAUCAUCGCAAAGGGUUUCUCUUGCCUGCUAUGCAAAAACGAAGUUUCUCAUGCGGGAUACGCAACGUAGUACUUCGGAAAAACUUGUCAUGCUUGGUAGCGCAUUACGAUGUGCUCACUAUUCCGUGCCUUGCGUCACAAGUUUCCAGAUCCUGACAUAUUUGCAAUGCAUAUCGACAACCUGAACGCCGCGAAGGAGCGGCUCGAGAUCAAAAUCCAGGGGCUUGAGCAGGCCAUGGACGAGACCACCGAAGCGCUGGAGAAGGAGGAGAAGGUAUUGCAAAAAAAAGUGUUACAGUUACACAUUGUGUUGCGAAACAAGCAAGACAGGCAACCUUUGUCGUGCCGGAUAUGCAUAGGAGCCCCGUUUCAUAGGUGUUUUCCCCUACGAUUUCUGCACUACAUGCAGACGAGAAAUUUGUGUUGCUGAAUUGACUACAAAUGUGUAACUGUAACACUUUUUUCGUGGGAUAGACGGAACUGAAGGAGCUCUCCGAGAUCCGGGCCCAGGAGAACGCGGACUACCAGGCCAUAUGAGAGUACGCAACUUCCUCUCCCCCUCAUUUGUCAUGCGAAAUACCGAACCCACCUCGUGCUUUUGAAAGCACUCUGCGCAUGACAAGUUUUGGACGCCCAAGAAAUAGCACUGCAACCCAUGUCCGGACUUGUCAUGCAAAACCUACAUUCGUGGCAUAGCAUUGCUGCGGUAGUUGCAGCUCGUGCUAUACAAAUGUAUGAGUUGGUGUUGGAAGGGGAGUUGUGCACUCUCAUAGCCUGCGCUCGCGGACGAGAAAGCUUCCAUCAAGGUGUUGAAGAAGGCGGAGGAAGUGCUCGCAAAGGUGUACGGUGCGAAGCUGUUGCUGCAGGCCAGGGCCGACCAGCCCAAAUUCAAGACCUACGCCAAGUCCGCGGGGGGCAACAAGGUCAUGACCAUGAUUGCCACCAUCAUCGCAGACACGGAGAAGUCCGCGGAGGUUCGCAUCCAGAACGAGAAGGCCAGUCAGGCGGAAUACGAAAAGGCCGUAAAGGAUGCAAAUGAGCUAUCGAGGGGGAAAAAAACAUGUGUGUCUGAUGCUGGUUUUUAAAUAUGUCAUUUGCAGCCGGGUGUGGACUAUUUGUAUGUGCUCAUAAGAUUUCGUGCGUACUUACAAUCUUGAGCAGGGCGACAUAACUGUGUCGCAGUGUUUUAGUUUUUUAUGUUGAAAACACGGCAGUGAUGCUUACGCUUAGUAUACUCAUCUCUGCGCGAGAACCACGAGGGAUUUUGCAUCUGUGGUCUCUUCGGCAAGGCAAAUGAAAAUAUCCAUAUCGCUUGGAAGCCGGUCGAUUUUAACUUUAAGAAAAACACCGACCACAGGACGCACACAAAAGAAAGAUGAACUAUCAGACCGCAGUUUUUUUCCCAUCCAUAAGAAUCCAUUAAGGAUAAGAAAGCGUUUUUGUCGCAGCUUCGCGAGGAGAAGGCCGCAGCGGAAGAGGACCUGCAGGCGAAAACGGAAAAAAAGAAGUUCACAAUGGACGAGAAGUACAAUGAGGACUUGCAGCUGAAGCAGUGGAAGGACGACUGCAAGUUUUUGUUCGAUAACUUCGACUAUCAAAUGCAGACAUGUCUGGGUCGGGGAGAAUGGAAGGUUUGUCAUGCUGUCUUCGCAUUCCAAAAAAAUAUGUGUUGCAUGACCAGCAAGAGGAGUCCGAUUCUUAAAUAUGCCAAGAGGGCGUCUCUCAUGCGGAAUAGGCAUCAGGAAGCGCUUCGAAAAUCUGUGAUGCUAAAUCAUGCAUCACAGGCAUCAUGGGCCAUGCAAGAUAUGCAUUACAAACCUGGCAAUCUUCCAGACCCACACCCAGACAUUUUUGCAGUUGAUAUCGACAUCCGACAGGAGCACAUGACUGGUGAAAUCGAAGCCCUCGGCGAGGCAAAGUCGUUCCUGCAGGGCAUGAAGGUGUAGGAGGGCGGUCCGCGUUGAUGGUGGUGCAGCAACAAGGACAGCAGAAUUAGUUCAGUAUGUAGAAUUAUAUCGGUAAAGGAAUUUUCAGUUUGGUGGGAGGAAGACAAAUAUAUUUACUGUACGUACUUUCUUAGACCACAGCACUAAGAGCAAGAAACGCUGACAAGCUAGAGCAAUCCCUAGUACAGGAAUCUACAAAUGUUUUUUGAAUGACAGCUUUUGGUGGUUUGCGAUGUUGCUGUAUUUCUUUGCACCGCGUACUCUUCACAGGAUCCGUUCACCCUCGAAGACCACUACCUCAGCGAUCUUGCGUUUUUUAGGAUUAGUACGGAGGUUCAGCGUUUUUACAGUUUAUUUUUAUUCGAUACAGCAGCAGGUAUAGGUAUAGUGAUUUGUCAAGGCAAAGAUUUUCACAGUUUAUUUUUAUUCGAUACAAGGCGAGGUUGACACAGUUUCAAAGUAAAUUCACACAGCAGUUGAGGUGGUCUUUGGAUCGGGUGACGUCGAGUCAGAUCGUGACACACGUGAGGGCCAUAGAGAUGAAACGGGCAUUAUAAGUUGCCAAAAUGAAGAGGAAAUCAUAAUGGUUCAAAGUUUGUUGCGUUUCGGGCGUCUUAGUGUUUCGCAGGACCAUCCGGCAAGAAAGAAACUUCCUUGGGACACUGUAGAGGUGUCGUACCCAGUGCUCGUGGUCAUGAGGGAGUGCG